AUGCCGAGGUUUGUUUUAACAGCGGCUUUGCUCCUCCAGAAGGCAUGGUGUGAUGGAGACUUAUCGUGGUCCUGCGAUUGCUCUUGCCAUGACAGCAGCUACCCCAGCUACCCUUGUGGGCCGGGGUGGACAGACUUUCGUUGCAACAUGGCGAACUGCGAAGAGCGGCUGUCCUGUUUCGACGGUGGCGACGACAAUUUUGGUUGCUCCAUGUUGGGCGACCAUGCUGGUCCCUGCUGCAACGACCCAGCGCCAGAGGGAUGGCGAGGUCCUGGAAAUAUCACCGAUUGGUCAUGCGACUGCUCCUGCCACGACCAGGGAUACUUUUGUGGCCCAGGCGGGACAGACAGUCGAUGUGAUGCCGAGGGCGGUGUGUGCCGCCUUGAGUCGGCCUACUGCUAUCAAAGUUCUGGCUGCCAAGAGGAGGCUGGCCCUUGCUGUAACGGCGAUCCACCCCCAGGAUGGACGGUGUACAUGGGCAUCCUCGAGGCUUGGCAGGCCAGUCAGCCCAGUCAUCCCAUUUCGAGCGCUUGCAGAACCCGCAUAAACGCGGCUGCCGUGAGCAUCUAUCUGGCACGAAGUGCUGCUGGCUGGCUGCAUUGA